GGGGCUAGGGCCUUGCAGAAGCUGACCUCCCUUAGGGCAGCCAGUGUAGGUACCCCUAUCCUCCCCACCCUUUGUGCCCAGCGUCCCCCUCCUUAGUGAGUCUUGGCUCUGCUUAUAGCAUCUGACGCCAGGGGGCCGAAAAUAGCCCCUCGGAAGGGGGGAGAAGGGGCUAUUUAAAGGGCCUGGGAGGAGCAGAGCAGAGGGGCAGUACGCAAUCAUGGCCGCCUCAGAGCUGAGCUGCCAGGUGUCCGAGGAGAACUGCGAGCGCCGAGAAGCCUUCUGGGCUGAAUGGAAGGAUCUGACACUGUCCACUCGGCCGGAGGAGGGCUGCUCCCUGCACGAGGAGGAUGCCCAGCGGCAUGAGACGUACCACCGGCAGGGACAGUGCCAGGCGCUGGUGCAGCGCUCCCCCUGGCUGGUGAUGCGCAUGGGCAUCCUGGGCCGCGGGCUGCAGGAGUACCAGCUGCCCUACCAGCGGGUGCUGCCGCUGCCCAUCUUCACCCCCACCAAGGUGGGAGCCGCCAAGGAAGAGCGCGAGGAGACCUCCAUCCAGGAGCUGCUGGCGCUGGAGGCAGCCCUGGGUGGCCGGUGUGAGGAGCGCCAGGACGUGGCCGAGAUCACCAAGCAGCUGCCCCCGGUGGUGCCGGUCAGCAAGCCCGGCGCCCCUCGUCGCUCCCUGUCCCGCUCCAUGUCCCAGGAAGCACAGAGAGGCUGAGAGAGACUGUGACUCUGGCUCCAUCGUGUGUGCCCUGGACUGGGCCCUUCCUGGCUAGGGCCAUGGAGGGGGGCUGCUGGCAGGGAAUGCUUUGUAGUUUGCCCGGAGUUGGGGGCUAGGGGAGGAGGGAGCCGGAGGCCAGGAAGCCUGGGUUCCCUGAGUUCCUAAAGAGAAGGGAGCAAAGACGGGCACUAAGGUCGGAGAGCUGGGGGCCAGCUCAGCUGAGGACCCCCAGCUCCAAGAAGGGCGGAAGGUGCCGGUGAGCAUAGGAGGUUCCUGGGAGGAGAGACCCUGGUCCAGGUUUCCGCUUCAGAGGAGUAGGAAAAGUGUGAGCCGGGUCUGGAACUGGCUGGGAAGGAGGCUUGGGGAAGAGUGGAGGGAGGGGGAUGUGAAGAGGGCAGAGGAAGGGUGGGGCCCCCAGUACCCUCUGUUAGUGCUGCAAUAAAUGCUCAGUCAU